AUGGUGGAUAAUGGUCCUCACUUUCGUCAUCUAAAUGAUCCAAGAUAUCAUCUAGAAUGUAAUUCUGGCAUAAAUAAUGAUAUGGGAGAAGGUUUAGAAGCUGAUAACCUAGAUACAGAAUCACAAGAAACACAGACCGAGUAUAUGAGCACACGAAGUAUCGAAGUGCAAACCGAUUUGCUAUCAAUCGAUAUCGAUUUGCUUCAAGAAAAAACCACACGAAACUCUACUAAUGAUCCUUUGGCGCCCGAAAAUCUAACUGAUGAUGAAAAGCUUAGAUUCUACACUGGUCUACCAAAUAUGGCUGUGUUUAUGGGAAUUCUUGAGCUAAUAAGUCCAGGUCUUGUAAUGCGAAAUUCCUUGACAAGAUUUCAACAAAUGUUAUUGACUCUAAUGCGAUUACGGUUAAACUUACCUGUUCAAGAUCUUGGCUACAGAUUUGGCAUUCAUGCAUCCACUGUAUCAAGAGUGUUUCAAAGCUGCAUAGAUGUUAUGUUUUCAAGCAUGAAAUUUCUGAUUCAUUGGCCAGAUAGAGAACAAUUAAGACUUACACUUCCAAUGUGUUUUAGAGAAAGGUUUUCUUCUUGUGCUGUCAUAAUCGAUUGCUUCGAAGUAUUUAUCGACCGCCCUUCCGAUUUUUUAGCUAGAGCCCAUACUUGGUCGUCUUAUAAACAUCAUAACACUGCAAAGUUUCUGAUAGGGAUUACACCACAAGGUACAGUAUCGUUUAUAUCAAAAGCAUGGGGUGGUAGGGUCAGACAAAUUUAUUACUGA